UCAUAAAAUGUCCCCAUUUCUCGUGUCAACUCACUCUCGCGCUACUUCUAUUUGAAGGGCUCUCCCCGUGGGUGUCACACGGGUCCGAUGCUGCUGCAGCUGCUUCCUGUAUCAAGGCACCACCACACAACCGAAGCCCUUCUUUUUUCUUUUUUUUGUUGGGGGGCCAGCUCCAAGCGCCUCCACGACCUGAGACACGGAGGAAUCUGUUGCUCGGACGCUGCUCUCCUGCGGAGGGAAAGACACCCGACACCCGUCUCCCGGUGCUCGCUGCCCGGAUAAAAACCGCCGUGGCCCCGUUUGUUUUUUUCCUUGCGCAAGAAAGAGAGACGCAGGGGCAGGUUUUUUUUUUUCUUUUUCCUGGAUCCGGUGCUAGCUAGGUAGCUAGGCUAGUCGGCUAAUGGGCUGGUAGCUGUAAGGUACAGAAACCCAGAGCGAGAAGAACCAGGAAAUAAAAGAAAUGCGUGCACUCGGAAAGCUCUAGAUGCAGCGGAACACCCUCCCCAGGCUUUUAAAGAACCACCUCUAAAUGACCCGAUUCACCCCAAAGAUCUAAACGACAUGCUACCGAAAGUCUUCUAACUUUGCUAACGUUAGCUAGCUAAGCUGACCCUGUUGCUUCUUCCACCCUCCUCCUCCUCCUCCUCUUCUCCUCACGCAAGAGUUUCGGAGAAGCGAACAGCAGCUUCUUCGCUCACCGUCAGGUUCGCGCGUUAUUCGGGAGGCGAGGACGGGAGGUUUAAGGGGUAGAAAUGGCUCCGAAAAGAAGACCCGUUCCCCUGAACAUAACGCCCAUCGGGGAGGGACAGGCCAUCUCCAACACCAUCGAUGCUGCAUCUGAAGCCAACCUGGAGGCCUUGCAGAAGAAGCUGGGCGAGUUGGACCUGGACGAGCAGCAGAGGAAACGACUGGAGGCCUUCCUGACCCAGAAGGCCCAGGUCGGGGAGCUGAAGGACGAGGACUUUGAGCCCAUCUGCGAGUUGGGUGCCGGCAACGGGGGAGUGGUCAACAAGGUCCGCCACAAGCCCUCGGGCCUGGUCAUGGCCCGCAAGUUGAUCCACCUCGAGAUCAAGCCCGCCAUCAGGAACCAGAUCAUCAGAGAGCUGCAGGUGCUGCAUGAAUGCAACUCUCCUUACAUUGUGGGCUUUUAUGGGGCCUUCUACAGCGACGGCGAGAUCAGCAUCUGUAUGGAGCACAUGGAUGGUGGAUCUUUGGACCAGGUCCUGAAGGAAGCCAGAAGAAUCCCAGAAGAAAUCCUGGGGAAAGUUAGCAUAGCUGUGUUGAGGGGCUUGGCCUACCUGCGGGAGAAGCACCAGAUCAUGCACAGAGAUGUCAAGCCCUCCAACAUCCUGGUCAACUCCCGCGGGGAGAUCAAGCUGUGCGACUUUGGCGUGAGCGGGCAGCUCAUAGAUUCCAUGGCCAACUCCUUCGUCGGAACGCGCUCCUACAUGUCGCCGGAGAGGCUGCAGGGCACUCACUACUCGGUCCAGUCCGACGUGUGGAGCAUGGGGCUGUCCCUGGUGGAGCUGGCGAUCGGCCGCUACCCCAUCCCCCCACCCGAGCCCAAGGAGCUGGAGUCCAUCUUCGGACGGGCCAUUCUGGACGGCGCCGAGGGGGAGCCGCACACCAACGCGCAGAGGCCCCGGCAGCAGGGCCGGCCCGUGAGCGGGCAUGGGACGGACAGCAGACCUGCCAUGGCCAUCUUUGAACUUUUGGACUACAUUGUGAAUGAGCCUCCACCUAAACUGCCACUUGGGGUCUUUACCAAUGACUUCCAGGACUUUGUGACUAAAUGUUUGAUCAAAAACCCAGCAGAGCGGGCCGACCUGAAGAUGUUGAUGAGUCACACUUUCAUCAAGCGAUCUGAAGUCGAGGAAGUCGACUUUGCCGGCUAUUUGUGCAAAACCAUGGGCCUCAACCAGCCCAGCACUCCCACCCGCGGCACUGAGUGAACAGCCCCCCCACCCCAAAACCGCCCUGACGCACGCCUGGGUCUUGCUUGCGUACACUUAAAAUAUACUGCGCGCACACACACACACACACACACACACACACUGGCACCCCUCCCCAUCUUGCUCUUGGGUACGGUCGUUGUCCCCCCCCCCCCCCCCCCCCCUCUGUUUAUUCCUCCAGCAGCAGCUUUGAGGCGUUGUGCAGUAAGAAGCACAGGCUGCCCGUGUCACAGCUCACGUCUCCUCCACGCCGCUGCAGAGGCUGCCACGUGGGGUCGGCUCCAGCUGGAUCAAUUGUUUUUUUUUUUACAAACUUAUUUUGUGUCGUUAGUUGUCCAAUGUUCUACGUUAACCUUGACCGUUGGCGGCUUGUGGGACUUUGGAAAUCUCUCCAGCAGGGCCCUUAUUAAAACACAAAACGGAAGUUCAUAAAUGAGUUCUCCUGUAGGUGAAUCGAGCCGUUUUAUUUUGUUUCAAACACAUCCACGCAUAAAUGUUGAUGAGCCGAACCUUUAACCUCCGAUGUGAUCAUCCAUGUUGUUGGUAGAGGCCGCAGGACUUCCGGGCGUAUACGGAGAAUGUGAACUAUUUGGCGAAAGGGUGAUCUCUCUCUCUGACCAUCACUUAGUGAACGAGCUCACAAACCAAAGAGGCCGCUCUCGACGCCCGACUCGUAUGAUUUUGUAUGCAAAUUCUUAAACGGUAUAUCAGUGUACUGAGAAUGGGAUUCUUUUUUUUUUUUUUAUUAUUAUUCAGUGAUCUACACGGUUUUGACAUGGUUUUUCUGAAAAUACAUUUAUACGCGCAUCCCACACGGUGUACUGUGGAAGCCUGAUGAAUGCCAGGAUGUCCCUAAUGACAUUGAUAAAACAGUGAUGGGGAUAAUAUAGCAUGGUUUAUCUUUCUAAUACUGUGUGUAUUUUAUUUCCCAAUAUCACGAUGGGGACGAUUUGCUGGUGUUUUAAUCAAAAGCCUGAAUCUGUUAUAUUAAUGCAAAGUUCCAAUCACAUUGACUCAUUUAAAUAUUUGCUUUUUCUCUCCCUGUUGUCGGUCUGGACUUUACCCUGAAGUGUAUUUGGUUAUGUUCUCACUGUACUGCUUUGUGUGGCACUCCCAAGCUUUCCCUUGGGACAGAACCAGCCAAGAGGCUUGGUUUAUGGGAAAGACUUGAGUUGAAAUGCAAUUUCACAACAUUUCCCCUGUAAUUCAAACCAAUUAAUGGGAUUUAAAAAUAGUACAACUCUGCGUCGAAUGGGAAACCAGACCGGUCAAGUAGUUCAAAGGGUUUUGCUGAAUAUUUGAACCCAGGUUAGUGUUGGUCACGUGGUGGUGGUGGUGGUACUUGCUAACCUGCCGUAUUCUCUCUGCUUAUGGCUGCCCUUUCUUAUCCUCCCCUCCCCCAAAAUGUGCAUUUCUUCAGUGCAAAAUGAAUGCAUUAUCACUUGUAUGUGUACAAAGCUGUAUACACAAAUUACAGGAGUUCUAUUUUGCAGUCUUAAUAUACAAAUUUUGAUUUAUGUAAAUGACAAGGCAGAGCAGUCAUUCUAUUAUAAUAUAAAAAUGUGUUGGAUAUGGUUAUGAUGUAUAAAAAGAUUAAAAUAAAUCUUAUUUGUCAAUGUG